AUGUCACAACCGGGCAAACGUGGUGGGCGUGGCGGCGCUGGUGGCGGCAUUGGCCGACGUACGCCCUCGAAUGUUGCUGGCGCAGUCGGCGCGAAUACGCCUGAGGAAUCGACCACUGCCAGUGAACGCGCCACACCGGCCAGUAAAGCCGAUUCCGAUCAGAAGGACGACAGCUCUAGCAAUGGCGAUAAGAGGGAAGCUGAGGGCUUCCCAGCACCGAAGCCACCGAGCGCGGGCGCUUCAAUACGCGACACCUCGAAUAAGAUACUCGCUUUGGCGAUAAAGAGCGAAUGGACACCCAUCGAACAGGAACUGAAGAAACUGGAGAAAUAUGUGGCGAAUGCUGGCGAAGACGGCAAUCACAUACCGCUGGCAGGCAUACACGAUCCGAACACUGGCAUGACGCCGCUGAUGUUUGCCACAAAGGACAACAAGACUUCGAUUAUGGACCGGAUGAUUGAGCUGGGCGCCGACGUCGGAGCGAGGAACAAUGACAACUACAAUGCCUUGCAUAUAGCGUCAAUGUACUCGCGCGAGGAUGUCGUCAAGUUGUUGCUGAAUAAACGCGGCGUGGACCCGUACUCCACGGGUGGCUCCCGCACCCAAACCGCCGUGCAUCUGGUCUCCAGCCGUCAAACGGGCACUGCGACAAACAUAUUGCGCGCCUUACUUGCAGCCGCUGGGAAGGAAAUUCGCUUGAAAGUAGACGGGAGAGGCAAAGUCCCGUUGCUGCUUGCGGUAGAGUCUGGUAAUCAAUCUAUGGUUAGAGAGCUGCUCUCAGCUCAAACGUCGGACCAACUGAAGGCAACAACGGCUAAUGGAGACACGGCCUUACAUUUGGCCGCCAGACGACGGGACGUCGAUAUGGUGCGUAUACUCGUCGAUUAUGGCACCAAUGUCGACACACAAAAUGGUGAGGGUCAGACGCCGUUGCAUAUAGCGGCCGCUGAAGGUGACGAAGCCUUACUCAAGUACUUCUACGGCGUGCGCGCUUCUGCGUCCAUUGCGGACAACCAAGAUCGUACACCGAUGCAUUUAGCUGCUGAGAAUGGCCAUGCGCACAUCAUUGAAAUUUUGGCGGACAAAUUCAAGGCGAGCAUCUUCGAACGCACAAAGGAUGGCAGCACGCUGAUGCAUAUCGCCUCGCUGAAUGGCCAUGCCGAGUGCGCGACGAUGCUCUUCAAGAAGGGCGUCUAUCUACACAUGCCAAAUAAGAAUGGCGCGCGCAGCAUUCACACCGCGGCCGCGUACGGCCACACCGGCAUCAUCAAUACGCUCCUGCAGAAGGGCGAGAAAGUUGAUGUCACAACGAAUGAGAACUACACUGCACUCCACAUCGCCGUUGAGUCCGCGAAGCCGGCUGUCGUCGAGACAUUGCUGGGCUUCGGCGCCGAUGUCCAUGUCCGUGGAGGUACAAUGCACGAAACGCCGCUGCAUAUAGCUGCACGAGUUAAGGAUGGCGAUCGUUGUGCCUUAAUGCUCCUUAAGUCCGGAGCUAGUCCCAAUUUAACUACCGAUGAUGGCCUGACGCCGGUGCAUGUAGCCGCGCGUAACGGUAAUCUGGCAACGCUGAUACAACUCCUCGAAGAUGGUGGCGAUCCACUAUACAAAUCCAAUACUGGCGAAACAUCGCUACAUAUGGCCUGCCGUUCCUGUCAUCCCGAAAUCGUACGUCAUCUCAUCGAGAUGGUUAAGGAGAAACAUGGCCCUGAUAAAGCUACUACCUAUAUUAAUUCAGUGAACGACGACGGCGCGACCGCACUACACUACACAUGCCAAAUCACUAAGGAGGAGGUAAAAAUACCCGAGUCCGAUAAGGAAAUUGUUCGCAUGUUACUCGAAAACGGUGCAGACGUAACUCUGCAAACGAAAAAUGUUCUGGAGACUGCUUUCCAUUAUUGUGCUGUAGCUGGAAAUAACGACGUUCUGAUGGAGAUGAUUGCCCACAUGAAUCCCACUGACAUACAGAAAGCCAUGAAUCGACAGACGUCGGUUGGCUGGACGCCGUUGCUAAUCGCCUGUCACCGCGGGCACAUGGAGCUGGUCAACAACCUUUUAGCGAAUCAUGCCAGAGUGGAUGUGUUCGACAUUGAGGGCCGUUCCGCCCUGCAUUUGGCUGCUGAACGAGGGUAUCUGCACGUGUGCGACGCUCUGCUCACCAACAAAGCGUUUAUCAAUUCGAAAUCACGUGUCGGUCGCACGGCGCUACAUCUGGCAGCGAUGAAUGGCUUCACGCAUCUCGUGAAGUUCCUCAUCAAGGAUCAUAAUGCCGUCAUCGAUAUAUUGACACUACGCAAGCAAACGCCCCUCCAUCUAGCCGCAGCUAGUGGACAGAUGGAGGUAUGUCAGCUUCUACUCGAGCUCGGCGCUAAUAUAGAUGCGACCGAUGAUCUGGGUCAAAAACCCAUACAUGUCGCUGCGCAGAACAACUACUCUGAAGUGGCCAAAUUAUUCCUACAACAACAUCCAUCGCUGGUGAAUGCCACCAGUAAGGAUGGAAACACCUGCGCACAUAUCGCUGCAAUGCAGGGUUCGGUGAAGGUGAUCGAGGAGCUAAUGAAGUUCGAUCGUUCUGGCGUGAUAUCGGCUAGAAACAAAUUGACUGAUGCCACACCGCUACAACUGGCGGCCGAAGGUGGACAUGCGGACGUGGUGAAGGCGUUGGUGCGUGCGGGCGCCUCUUGCACGGAUGAGAACAAAGCUGGCUUCACUGCGGUGCAUUUAGCGGCACAGAACGGUCAUGGCCAGGUAUUGGAUGCGUUGAAAAGUACCAAUUCUUUGAGGAUAACCAGCAAGAAAUUGGGACUGACGCCGUUGCAUGUGGCAGCCUACUACGGACAAGCGGACACCGUGCGCGAGCUAUUGACGAGCGUGCCAGCGACAGUGAAAUCUGAGCCACCGACCGGACAAAGUCUCUUCGGUGAGUUGGGGGCGGAAUCUGGCAUGACACCGUUACAUUUGGCGGCGUUCUCGGGAAAUGAAAAUGUGGUGCGACUGCUACUGAACUCGGCUGGAGUGCAAGUAGAGGCGGCAACGACAGAGAAUGGUUAUAAUCCACUCCAUUUGGCUUGCUUCGGUGGUCACAUGUCAGUGGUUGGCUUACUUCUGAGUCGCUCAGCAGAACUCCUCCAAUCGACGGAUCGUCAUGGCCGGACCGGUCUACACAUCGCCUCCAUGCACGGCCACAUACAGAUGGUGGAGAUUCUGUUGGGUCAAGGCGCAGAGAUAAAUGCCACCGACAAAAAUGGUUGGACGUCACUGCAUUGUGCUGCCAAAGCCGGCCACUUGGAAGUUGUGAAAUUACUAUGUGAGGCAGGCGCAUCACCCAAGUCGGAGACAAACUACGGUUGUGCGGCAAUAUGGUUUGCCGCUUCCGAAGGCCACAACGAUGUGCUGCGGUAUCUGAUGAACAAAGAACACGAUACAUACAGCCUAAUGGAAGACAAACGGUUUGUGUACAACUUAAUGGUUGUCUCCAAAAAUCACAACAACAAACCCAUACAAGAAUUUGUGCUGGUCUCGCCCGCACCUGUCGAUACCGCAGCGAAGUUAUCAAAUAUCUACAUCAACUUAUCAACAAAGGAAAAAGAACGCGCCAAAGACCUAGUAGCCGCCGGCAAACAAUGUGAAGCAAUGGCAACCGAGCUGCUGGCACUUGCCGCCGGUUCUGACUCGGCAGGCAAAAUACUUCAAGCCACCGACCGGAGAAAUGUGGAGUUCUUGGACGUGCUCAUCGAAAACGAGCAAAAAGAAGUUAUUGCGCACACUGUAGUUCAGCGCUAUCUGCAGGAACUCUGGAGAGGGUCACUAACAUGGGCAUCCUGGAAAAUAUUGCUACUCUUAGUCGCAUUUAUUGUAUGCCCGCCUGUUUGGAUCGGCUUCACUUUCCCGAUGGGUCACAAAUUCAACAAAGUGCCUAUUAUAAAGUUCAUGUCCUAUCUUACUUCACACAUAUACCUAAUGAUUCAUCUAAGCAUUGUGGGCAUAACACCCAUAUAUCCGGUGCUGCGGCUAAGUUUGGUCCCCUACUGGUACGAAAUUGGGCUACUUAUUUGGUUGAGUGGCCUACUUUUGUUCGAGCUGACAAAUCCAUCAGACAAAUCUGGAUUGGGAUCAAUUAAACUGUUGGUGCUGCUACUGGGCAUGGCCGGUGUGGGCGUACAUGUGGCCGCGUUCGUCUUCGUCUCUAAACUAUACUGGCCAACACUAAUCUACUGCCGCAAUCAAUGUUUCGCAUUGGCCUUUCUAUUGGCUUGCGUGCAAAUAUUGGAUUUUCUAUCGUUCCAUCAUCUCUUCGGGCCGUGGGCCAUCAUCAUUGGCGAUCUGCUUAAGGAUCUGGCACGCUUUCUCGCUGUGCUGGCGAUUUUCGUCUUUGGCUUUUCCAUGCAUAUUGUGGCACUAAAUCAGUCAUUUACGAAUCUAAAGCCAGAAGAUUUGAGAGGCUUCGAAAAGCGCAAUCGCAAUCGAGGGUACUUCAGUGACGACGAUAUGCCGACACCGCGUCCUCCCCUCACUCCCGCUGAGCGUUAUGUCGAUAGUCGAAGUUUAUCGAGCGAAUUUCGCCGCAAGCAUAAGGAUGAUCUGCGCAUGCAUCCGAUUACCUCCUUUGAGUUGCUCUUCUUUGCCGUGUUCGGCCAGACGACAACCGAACAAACGCAGGUCGACAAGAUACUGAACGUGGCCGAGCCCACUCAGCCGUACUGGGUGGAGUAUCUGUUCAAAAUCGUCUUCGGCAUUUAUAUGCUGGUGUCGGUGGUUGUGCUAAUCAAUCUGUUGAUUGCCAUGAUGUCUGACACUUAUCAACGGAUUCAGGCUCAAUCCGAUAUUGAGUGGAAAUUUGGUCUGUCCAAGCUUAUACGCAACAUGCAUCGCACAACAACUGCGCCAUCGCCACUUAAUUUAGUUACCACAUGGUUUAUGUGGAUCGUCGAGAAGGUCAAGGCGCGCAUGAAGAAAAAGAAGCGUCCAAGUCUGGUACAGAUGAUGGGAAUACGCCAGGCCAGCCCGCGCACGAAGGCUGGCGCCAAGUGGCUCUCGAAGAUCAAGAAAGACUCGGUGGCUCUAUCCGUGGUACAUCUCUCACCGCUCGGCUCGCAGACGAGCUUCACCGCCGCCAACCAGAACCGUAUUGAGAAUGUCGCCGACUGGGAGGCGAUCGCCAAGAAGUACCGCGCACUUGUCGGCGACGAGGAGGGCGGCUCAAUCAAGGAUUCCGAGGCGGAGAGCGGCUCCGUCGAGGGCAGCGGUGGUGGCGGUACGGGCGCGCCACCGCCGCCGGCACAGGUGGGCAAUAAUGUUGCAGCAGCACCGCCACAAGACCAAUUGCCGCACGUGUAGAGCGAGCUUUUUUCAUCAAAAAAACUGCAUUCAUUGCGCAUUUGAAGCACAAAACAUGGCUACAUACUCAUACAGUAGAAAGUUGAAGCAUCCAAGCUUACUAUUACAGUUACUAGCAAACUAAUAUUUAAUCAUAUUACAGGUUUAAGUCAACAGGAAAAGUAUGUUGUUAUUGAAAUAAGUAUGGGUGAUUUUGAUAAAUUACGAAAAAUUUUAAGGUUAAGGGUUAGCUAGACGAUUUAGUUAAUAAAAGUUAUCACUCAACUAGAAUUCCAGCCUCGUGCUUCAUAUACUUCUAUAGGAAUGUAUAUGUCUACCUUAGAUAGUAUAAAUAAAGUAAAUAAAUACAGUGGCGCCUUACAUAAUGUAGAUUUAUUAUGUGAGAAAUCACCUGCAAAAUGGCAAGAUUAGAGUAGAGUUAAAGUUAAAGUUCGGAAUAAACAACAAAGCAAAAGUGUUUUCCAGUCGUGACUAAGGAUAAAUAAAGGCAGUGGUCUUUGAAAUUUGUUGUUUUAAAAGGUUUUUAGUCAUAUAAUUGUAAUUGAAAAAUUAAGUUUAGUAUUAAGCUUAUAUAGCUAUCAUUACUAAUCUUAAGACACUCUUAUUAAAUACAC